AAAAAAUUUUCCUCCCACUUUUUGGUUUGGGUCCCGCGUCCGUGCGAGUGAGUUGAGACAAACAUCGGCAAGGGCGUUGAAUCACCCGACGCUAUUCGACCACCAAAAGGUCAAAAAAAAAAAAAAAAAACCAAAGUAAAUAAACACCCCGAGGCCCAGCGACGCUACGGACCCGAAGCCUGGGUGAGGUAAAAAUAAGAAAAAAAAAAAACGAAUAAUCGUUAGUCUUCGUUGUUCGUCCCCUUACAAACCCUAAAAAAAGUACAACUUUCUUCCUUUGCCAGCUACGGAACUCUCUCGAACUUCCUCUGAUCUACCGACUCUACCCGUCCACUCUCUUCACUCACUCUCCAAUUCCAACCUUUUUCGCUCUCUUUAUUUCACUGGUUUUCUUUUACUUGUAGUGCAGCGUGAGGACUGAGUUGAAUAGAAGAAGAGAAAGGAGCUUGAAUUUUUUUGUGCUUUGCCUUCUAGUGAUCUGAAAAGGUACCUCAGCGGCUUUGUGCGAAUCCAUAUUGGAGUUGAUGAUGAUACAUAUUUCAUGAAUCAUUAACUCAUGGAUCCUGAAGGCAAGAAAUUUGGAAGAGGACCAAGGGAACUUAGUGGUGCUGUUGAUCUUAUAAGUCACUAUAAGUUGUUACCUCACCAUGACUUCUUCUGCAAGAGGUGUCUUCCUUUAUCCAUUUCAGACACACAUUAUCUUCAUAAUGUCGUGGGAGACACUGAAAUUAGAAAAGGAGAAGGGAUGCAGCUGGACCAGCUUAUUCAGAAUACAUCCCAUAACAGAGACACUAAUGCCCGCAUACAGCCUUUUGGCCUUGAUAUUCUUAAGGAGGCUUUCCAGCUGAGAGAAACCACUCCGGUUGAAUUGCCAGCAAGUGAAAAAGGGAUUCCUACAAUUGCUGGGAAGUCAAAGAGUGAAGCCAAAGAUAAGGAGAGGAAGCAUAAAAAGCACAAAGACAGAGAUAAGGACAAGGAUAAAGAGCAUAAGAAGCACAAGCACCGUCAUAAAGAUAAAGAUCGAAGUAAAGAUAAAGACAAGGAAAAAAAGAAGGAUAGAAGUGGGCAUCAUGAUUCUGGUGCUGAUCACUCGAAAAAGCACCAUGAAAAGAAAAGGAAGCAUGAUGGAGAUGAAGAUCUUAAUGAUGUUCACAGACACAAAAAAAGUAAGCAUAAAAGCUCAAAAAUUGAUGAAGUUGGUGCAAUUAAAGUAGCAGGCUGAAAUGGUGGCUUUAUAGUUCAUUUGUUGUCUCAGAUCGUUGUCUGUGGGAGGGUUUGCUUAAUGUUCUGUACAUUACUUGAGGUGAAUGCCAUUUCUUGCUGUUUUAUUUAUUUCUUAUUGUAUUUUUCUUGUUCCUCAAAGUAGCAUCCAGUUAUCCUCUAAUAAACAAUUAUUGAAGUGCUAAAAUUUACUGAAACUUAUACAUGACUAUACCCCCUGAUCCUUGUUUGAUCAAACAUUAUGUGCUUUAUUCUUCUCUCUCACUUAGGCAAUCAAGGUACAAAGAAGAAAUAAUUGUGAACGCUAAAUAUUUCAUUGUCUAAACGGUGGAUUAGAACUAGUCUGUUUGCUGCAUAAUGUUUUAAGUACAGUAUUAAAAAUUGUCUAAAAAUAGAACUCCCAAAGCAAUUGUAUACAUGUAGCUGAGAAACGUGCCUUUAUAGAAUGUUGUCCUCAGCUUUUUGUCUGUCAAACCUAUGUGGCAAGGGUGUUAAUGUAGUAGAUCUGCUAAAUUAGAAUUUUUUGGAUGUUGCCACACAAUCCUGUGGAAUGGUAUUCUUUUGGCUUCUGUUUAGAAGAAGUUACAUGGUUAAUUAGUUACAGAUUAGAAGAAUUUACAGUUCUAGUUUUGAGGACCAAGAUUCCAAAGCAAGUGAAAGAUUGUAUACAUGUAGCUGAGAAACGUGCCUUUAUAGAAUGUUGUCCUCAGCUUUUUGUCUGUCAAACCUAUGUGGCAAGGGUGUUAAUGUAGUAGAUCUGCUAAAUUAGAAUUUUUUGGAUGUUGCCACACAAUCCUGUGGAAUGGUAUUCUUUUGGCUUCUGUUUAGAAGAAGUUACAUGGUUAAUUAGUUACAGAUUAGAAGAAUUUACAGUUCUAGUUUUGAGGACCAAGAUUCCAAAGCAAGUGAAAGAUAGUUGCAUUAUUAAAACAAAUGUUUUCUUCUCACUUGAAUUGAUAUACAGGGGGCAUAUUCUCUUCAUAGGAUUGAAUUUCGAUCCCUCUACCUAACAUUCAUUAUGUCACCUGUUUUCAUUUAUUUACAAGAAGGGUUUUUUUGGGGUGUUGGGAAAAGGUGUUUAAAUGCCAGUCGGGUUUUAAAGGUUCUUACACUCACGCUCUC